ACCUUUGACCCAACAGUAAUGCUUAGCCUGGGGCGAGAGGGACAUGAUGUGGAUCCGGCCGGCUGGAUCUGGACCUAUAACCAUAAACUCCCACCUUACAACUCUCACGUGCCUCGAUCUUUCUUUAUGUAGCUUCACAGAACUCACAAGAAGGAAGAGAGGCCAGGAAUUUGGGCGACCGAAAGACACUUUUGAAGACAACAGUGCCAGUCAUGGAGCCAACCCAGCAGAGUCCUGUCCUGUACACUCAUGCAGCAUGGACAGGGGAGAGUCGUACUGUUGCUGUUGCAGGGAUCAUGCCAACAGUUCACGCAGUAUACAUAUAACUGUAUGAGAUUAAACAGUGGACAAUGUCACAUUGAGAUUACCGUGUUGUCACCACGGAUGCCUUGGAGCUGAAAUUUGUUGCACGUCUCUUGCCAUGGACGUUAGUAUGUCAGCGCUAUGGAGACUCCUGCUCCUGAACUCCCUCGUGUUCGGGAUAGAAAUCUGUGCCGCCGCGGGGUUCACCUUCGUGCCACCGCUGCUACUAAAGUCAGGGAUGGAAGACAGUCAGAUGAGUCUUGUCCUGGGCAUCGGCCCUUUCCUAGCGCUGUUCCUCGUGCCAGCAAUUGGUGCAACAUCAGACCAAUGCCAGAGCAGACUGGGAAGAAGAAGACCGUUCAUUCUGAUCUUGUCGGCUGGAAUUUGCCUCAGUCUCAUCUUCAUACCAUACGGAGAACUCAUUGGGAACACCUUGGGUGGGAAGCCAUAUGCCACAUUAAUUCUGACUUUCGGGGUGGUACUUCUAGACUGUUGUACGCAGGCAUGUUUCACACCAAUGGAGGCCUUGCUCGCAGACAUAUACGGAAACACUGACUUGAGUGAGAGCAGUUUUCUGGUUUACACCUUCAUGGUGAGUGCUGGAGGAUGUGUUGGCUACCUACUCACCGCUAUCGACUGGGAGUACUCCUUGCUUGCUCUGUGGAUGGGAGGGCAAGAACAAGCAGUAUUUUUACUUCUCUUCCUUCUCUUUGCUGGCUCCUUGUGCGUCACAGUAUUUACGGCAAAUGAAAAAGUCUCCGGGGAAAGGGACAGUCAACUGACCUUUACACCAAACAGACGCUGCAGAAUAUGUGAUUUUGUACCCAGAACAUGUUUACAGUCAGUGGUUGCCUUCACAAGACUUAUACCAAAAGGGCUCACAAACUCUAUAGAAGCACCGUUUGUGUUAAGGAGACUGCAAGUGGCACAUUUCUUCAUGUGGGCUGCACUGUUCUGUUACACAAUGUUCUUCUCAGACUUUGUCGGGGAGGAAGUCUACCAGGGUCGUCCUCACGCGCUUGUUGGGUCGGACGAGAGGAAGCUGUACGACGAGGGCGUGCGCAUGGGAAGCUUCGGUCUCCUCAUCCAGUGUGUGAUGGCGGCUGUGUUCUCCAUCUGUCUGGACACCGUGGUGAAACGGAUCGGCGAGAAGAAUACGCUGCAGCUGUCCAUGGCACUUUUCACGAUAGCAAUGACUCUUCUCAUGUUCGUGAAGACGCCACUCAUGGUGGUGAUGAUGUCAUCACUGACGGGGUUUGCCAGCGCUGCUGCCAACUCGUUACCGUACACGCUGGUCGGAACCUAUCAUGAACAACGAGAAAUUUUCUUUGCCUUUGACAGUCCAACAGAAUCUCUGCGGUCGUCAGGCAUAGGCGUGCACAUGGCAGCUCUGGACAGUAGCUACUUCCUGGCACAGAUCAUGUUGUCUGCACUGAUGGGGUACAUCGUGCAUAUCACCCAUUCCGUCACCACCUACAUCACGUGUGCAGCUCUCCUGGGCGUGUUAGCUUGUUUCUCGUUAACUAGGAUUGUUGUGACAGAAGAGGAUCUCCAAACAAUACGAGCUAGCAGGGUGUCUCCUAGAUCACAAGUCAAGAGGAGCAGUUUAGGAAAAAGCCACAUGACUAUACCCAUGGAGAUCUUUUAAAAUAUAUAUAUGCUAUGUCUACGUCAAACUUUAGAGAUGCUAUUUGCAAUAUUGUAUUUGCAGUCUUUGCAGUCCUGUAAAGCAAAACCUAUGCAGAAAAUAUGACAUAUGUAUAUUUUUAGAUGUUGCUUUUAUGAUGACUGUACAUGUCAAUAUUAUCUCCUAAAGUUCCAGGGUUAAAGCAAAAAUAAUUUCCCCCUUUCAUCCAGAAAUGCAAUGGGGAAUGAAAAGAUGAAAGCUGUUCAGAUUUACUACACAUAUUCUUACAUUAACUGUUAAAAGCCCUAAUCUGUUAAGAGUGUGACCUUUUGACCUUCAUCAGUAAAAUGGAACAUUUCAUGUUCUAGCAGAGGACUAAAAAAAGCUAGGGAAGGCCAGUUUUUGCUAGAGUUAAUCAGGUAACUGGAAACAAUGUUUUCCCUAGGCCUUUAAUAUAAUAGUGGUACCAGAGUUACUCAUGUAAGAACACAAGGGAUAUUGUGCCUAAAAUGUUUCGCUGCAUGCACACCGACAUGUCAAGGAACUGUAGUGUAUUUGUGUUCUGUUGAUAGAAUUUUAUUUUUUGUGAACCAAACACUUUUAGCCAUUUAUUUAUCAUAUAUUCCCAAUCACUAUAGAUGUAUCUUGUUGUUGAAGAGCAUUUGUCACAUCUUGCCAACAAUCGAUGUUUCCAGUUUGUUUUACUGUAACUACCAUAAGUUAUUUCAGUUGGAGCUGACAGGUUACAAGCUACAGUUGUAAGGUUGGGUUCCUCCCCUUGGGUGCACCUGUCCACAUAUCCUGGCUUGCCAUUUCCCUAACUCUAUUUUAAUAAAGAUGUUAGAAAUCUUAAAGGGCUUUGCAGAUGUCUUCAAGGUGAACUAAAUAGUGAAAUUGGACCUUGGCAGUCAAUGAGAUUAGACUUUGUAUUACAAAUCUACACUCACAGUGGACAAAAUUAAAUACCCCUUCAUGGGCCAGGCUUAAUUUGGGCUUUUAUCACUACAGAAAAUAGAUUGGAUUUUGGAAAUAAUGAUUGACCUUUCGAGACAUGAAAUAAAAGGAAAUGCUUACA